GAUUGUCGAUGUUACUGAUGACCAAAAACUUGCUGCUGCUGUUGCUGAUUCUGUACAGAGUACCCAAGAGGUUGGGCAUGUUGCUCAUGGUAUGGCAAUCGUGCCCUUGCCGAAUCUUCUUCGACCAUAGUACCAGCAAGCUCUCCAGACAAAGCAUCCAUGUCUCAGGUCGCGAGUCCAUUGUCGCCCAUCAUCCGGCACUUCCUUCGAAGGAACCUGGAGCCCGACCUUUCACCCACUCUUCCAGCAGCUUUCCGGAGUAAGACCCUUACUUUUCAUGGUACACUGCCCGCUUCAUCCCACAUUCAACCGCUCCUCCGGAUACCAGGCUCGAGUUCCCCAGCGCCACCUCCAUUGAUUCCAUCUGAUAAUGUCGUUACCAAUGAGGAGGCCUCGGCUAAUGAUAUUGUUACGGAGGUCAUUCCCGCAAGGCACCCAUCCCACACAUCUUGGCUGGAGUGGGAACGGUCCUUUAUUGCAUUUAGGGCCUUCUUUGAUAGUGGAGUCCAGGUCCUUCGAUCCGCAGAUGAGCUCCUGCCACUUUGUCACCGAUUUAAUGGCUACGCGAUGUUUCGUGGAGCUCUUGUUUAUCCCGAGACAGUUGCGGCUUUGGAGAAAUUUAUAGACAAAUACGGAGACUUCAUGGAUAGUACUAGCAUCACCUCUUCCUUCUCGCGGUGUGCUGCCUUCCGGACCCUUGGCCUAGUGCUCCAUGGAAUGGAUACCGUGCAAUUGCUGGAUAUUACGGACCACAGACUUCUUUGCUGGCGGGAUGCGGUUUGCGAGGCCAUGACCUUGAACUUUCGGGUAGAUUUUCUUUUGAACUUGGUGCGAGAUUUGGCACGUGCUGUCUUUGGGGCACGAGCUGUUCAUAGCAUGGAGUUGUCUUCCAGUCAUGACAAAAUAAGAGCAGCGGCGGAGGCCCUGAGUCUUAAGCAACGUGAGCUGGAAAAUCAGCAUGAGGAACUGCGCGCCCUUCUUCUCACCCAAGGUGUUUCCGCCGAUGGUGCUGGCUGCGUGGCAGAGGCAAUAACCAGCUCCUCCUGCAAGGCUUCUGCUAUCCUUUUUUAGCUGUAUCUGAUGGUUUCGAGGUGCGUGGCCUUCCUACUCAUGCUCCUUCCUUGUUUUUUUUUUAUACAGUAAUUUUCUAGCACCUGCCUAUUUUCUUCUGACAUUCACGCUUGCCUUGCAAGUUGCUCUUUUGCUUUACAUGAAAUUGACCAGCCCAACAUGUUGAAGAACACAUUAGCUCCAGCUUGUGUAACUUAGUUGUGUUUAGGCCGUAUUUUCUUUUGAUGUUCCAACACCUGUACUGUGAAAUCCUUGUAUUGUAACGCUGUUGUGAUCAAGCUGCUAGAACCUACGUUUUAUUUUCUUUUGGAUGCUGGA